CAAAGCCCACAUUUAAACUGCUGCCUGCCUGUGCAGCAGCUCGAGAACUACGGAAUGGAUUUUAUACACCACAAUUCCGGGUUAAAACAGCUCCAAACCAUUUCUAUUACUGCCUAGCAACAAUGAAGGAAGGAGCAGAGGGAGCUCCUAUUACCGAAGCCAAGUGAGGCGCUCCCCGCGAACAUUUCCAGCAGGAAUAUGGAUCCUGGGGAGAGCAGAGCACAGCCCCGCAUUGUCCGAGCCGCGAGGCAGCGGCUGUGAGAGCAGCCCCGGCUCCCGUCCUUUGUCUGCAGCAUGAACAGCGAGCCCCGAGCCAAGGACGCCGCCGGCCAGCCGGGAAGGUAACACGGCCACGGACAGACAGAUGGACAGAGCGGAUCCCGAGCGCGGCGGGCGCAGGAAGCAGGGCUGCUGCUGCUGCUGCUGGGGGAUGUGCGCAUGGUCGAGAGCAUCUUUUUUGCUGAAGUGAUGGCGUGCCCAAACUAUUUUCUGUGGGUAUAAUCCUGCACCAUAAAUGGCCUGACCAAGGAAGACACACCUGAGUCUCCGGGAAGCGGCAUCAGCUCCGAACAGCUAAAUAAGAAAAUCAGAUUUUAAAGCCAAAGGCACGAAGGCCGCCGGAGCGCCCUGGGCCUUUCGGCCGCUCCCGCAGGACCCCGGCGCGCCGUCCCGCGUCACACCGGGCGCGCAGCGUCGCCCCCUGGCGGGGUCACGGGCCGAGAGGCGGCUCCCGCUCAUCCGGAGGGUGACGGUAAAGAUCCCGGCAAGCGAGCCAUUUGCAGACAAUUGCUCAACUCAAAGGAAAAUGAAUACCAAAGAAUAGCAGUGGAUUCUAAACCAAUUGGAAAAGCCUUUUCCUUGAGCAUUGUCUCAUAUCCCAUCACUGGAUCCUUACAACAUGCUGCAGUGGAGAAGACGGCACUGCUGCUUGGCAAAGAUGACCUGGAAUACCAAAAGGUCUCUGUUUCGCACCCAUCUCAUUGGCCUGGUCUCUCUGGUGUUUCUUUUUGCCAUGUUUCUGUUCUUUAACCACCACGACUGGCUGCCAGGCAAGGCUGGAUUCAGAGAAAACCCCAUGUCUUACACCAUCCGAGGAUUUAGAUCUACAAAAAGCGAGACCAACCACAGCUCUCUAAGGAACGUGUGGAGAGAUGCUGUGCCUCAGACACUGCGGCCUCCGACAGUCACCAACCCCAACAACACGGAUCUGUCCCCACAGGGAGUCACCGGUUUGGAAAACACCCUCAGUGCCAAUGGGAGUAUUUACAACGAGAAAGGCACUGGGCAUCCAACUUCCUAUCAUUUCAGAUAUGUCAUCAACGAGCCUGACAAGUGCCAGGAAAAAACCCCUUUUCUAAUACUGCUCAUAGCUGCAGAGCCAGGCCAGGUGGAGGCCAGACAAGCAAUUCGACAGACCUGGGGCAACGAGAGCCUGACACCUGGCAUCCAAAUCGUGCGGAUUUUUUUGUUGGGCUUAAGCACCAAGGUAGAUGGAUACCUCCAGAGAACCAUCCUUGAGGAAAGCAGACAGUACCACGACAUCAUUCAACAAGAAUACUUCGACACCUACUAUAAUUUAACUAUAAAAACUCUGAUGGGAAUGAACUGGGUUGCAACCUACUGUCCACAUGUUCCGUAUGUUAUGAAAACUGAUAGUGAUAUGUUUGUCAAUACUGAGUAUUUAAUACACAAGCUUCUGAAACCAGAACUUCCUCCGAGGCACAAGUAUUUUACAGGUUAUUUAAUGAGAGGUUAUGCACCUAAUAGGAACAAGGAUAGCAAGUGGUAUAUGCCACCUGAUUUGUAUCCAAGUGAACGUUACCCUGUAUUUUGCUCUGGAACUGGUUAUGUUUUCUCUGGAGACUUAGCAGAAAAGAUCUUUAAGGUCUCCUUAAGCAUCAGACGUUUACACCUAGAGGACGUGUACGUGGGGAUCUGUCUCGCCAAGCUGCGGAUUGACCCCAUGCCCCCACCCAACGAGUUUGUCUUCAAUCACUGGCGAGUUUCUUAUUCCAGCUGUAAAUACAGCCACCUAAUUACCUCCCAUCAGUUCCAACCCAGCGAGCUGAUCAAAUACUGGAACCACCUGCAGCAGAACAAGCACAACGCCUGCGCCAACGCGGCCAAAGACAAGGCCAGCAGGUUCCGCCACCGCAGGCUGCACUGAGGGCCUGCGGCUCGUGUACAGAAACAGGGACACCCAGCAGCCCCAGCUCUGAGCCCAGCACACAGGGCAGGAGGGAAAUUAUUUUUUUAAGUUAAAAAAAGAAAAUUCUAGCUCUUGAAUAUGAUGAAAUUAUAACCAAACGGUUUUCCCAGCGAAUUCGAGAUUAAUAAAAAAGACAAGAUGGUAUAUAAGGAUUUCUGUGUUAACAUGCAAUAAUAAGCAUGCACACUUAGGUGGUACAAUUGCUGAUUCAUGUGCCAGUAAAAUGUAAUUGAGCAUAUUUUCCACACUAAAUUUUUUAUUUUAAGGAGUGCAUUCAUAGCUCCAGUUCUCUUCCAUGUAAUUUCUUAUUAUCCAGAACUGCUAUAAAAUGGAAAAUUAAAAACUAAGGAAAUGCACAAAGGGCAGAUCAGUUUUACCUUCAAAUGCCACAUGACAAUUAUUAUACAACUUUAAUGUAUCACACAUUUAGCAAUGUCACGACUUAGUAAGACAUACCAAUAAAUUCUAAAGCACUAAGAAUGUACUCCCUUGAAGUAGGUCCAGUUUUCAGAAGUUUGCUUAUUUGGUUUGGACAGAGAGAUAAAUGAAAUCAAUGUUGCAAAGCUGCUUUGUACAUUGCCGUCAGAAAUGCAAGUGGUGUUCUGGAUGCAACUUUCAGUCCACAAAGAGCUGACUGAAAGUUACUCCAUUCUCUAGAAAUAACAAGACAAGCUCCUAAGAUCUGGUGCCAAGUAACAUUGAUUCCACUUGGAACCUUCAUGCAAAUUCAUUGGAUCUGCUAUUAAUUUCCCUACGUAACUUCAAGGUAACUCAGAGGCUGAUGAGAAAUGUAAAACAUAAGUUCCAGUCUUGCACCAUUCUUGACAAAAUUUUCUGCAAAGCAGGAGAAAAUUAAUCAAACAUGUUGUUUUGCUCUUUCCUGUCUGGCAAAAAGUAAGGCUCAGCCAAGUGAAAGCACAUCUGCUGGAGAAAAUUAAGCCCUACACCUGAGUUUAUAGGUGGGGAAAUCUAGGUCACAAUAAGAUUGAGAGUUCCAGCCAACAAGACGGGCAGGAACAAAGCCUAAGCAAUUUAAAGUCACAACACGUAUCACUGAAAAUAAUUUGAGAGAAUUGGGUUAAAUCUAUUUACAGGUUUGCAGUUUUCUAACAAACAGAACUUUUAAAGCUUAUUUUCCAGCUGUUACAGCAGAGUUGUAUCAAAUUCAGGUUAUUACUGCUUGUCACAGUGCCAGGGUAAGCAAUACCCACCUCUGAUCAUCAGCAAAUGAUCAAACUGCAAUUAGUUUUCUGUUUGACUGGGACUUAUUAAUUGGAGAAAAUACAAAUAUUUGAUGUACUUUUAUUAUUUAAUAAAAUUGAUUAUAUU